GAGAGGACGUGAACAACCGUCGUCGUCGUCGCAUCGCAAUUGCUUGAUGGCGCGUCUUCCGUGAACUUAAUUGAGAAUAAGAAUGUUUAAGGACAAUAUUACCGCAUUCAAGGAAUUCCUCAAGGGGAUUAAUGUAGUGUUAUGAAAGAUAUUUAAUUAAGGGAUUUUCUAGAAAUUAGUUUGUGUAAUUAAACGGUAAACUUUGUUAAGAUUAUUAGUUUUAUUUCUUCUGUUGUCGACUUUCGUGAAGGAGAGGAGAAACAAACACCUGUUGCGUCCUCUCUCAUAUAUGUGACGUGAACGUUCAAAGAUUUAUUCUUUAUGGUUUUUUAAAGUUUUUCCGUCUGUCUGUUCGUCUGUUUGUCUGUCCGUCACGGAGAAACAUGGAUCUGUUUCUUAUAGGAAAAAACACAAGGCUUUACAGGACGCAGAGUGAAGGACUGAUAAAAAAGAAAAGAAAAACGAAUUAGAAUAAAUAAAAGGAAAUGAUUAAUCAUGCUGAUGAUUACAUACGAAACCUCAGUCAGUAUGGACAAGUCCUGGGACGAGGAGGCGUUCGAGGGGCCUCUCCAACGCCUCACGCCCUUCCCCAACAAUGUCGCCAACACGACCGCCAGCACAGCCCUGGGUGGGGGGACACCCUCCCACCACCACCCCCACCACCCUACCCCGGGCGCGGCAGACGGCAAUUCCUCCUCCGCCUUCUACGACAACGGCACGUCGGCCUACUACGAGAGUAGCAACGUGCUGGCCUACCCGAUCACGCAGGCGAUCUUCUACAUCGAAUACCUGACGAUCUUCCUGCUGGGGAUCUUCGGGAACUGCCUCGUCUGCUACGUGGUCGUCCGUAGCAAGCACAUGCACACGGUCACGAACUACUUCAUCACGAACCUGGCACUGGCCGACAUCCUCUUGUGCGUCUUGGCCGUCCCCUUCACGCCCCUGUACACCUUCAUAGGCCAGUGGGUGUUCGGCAGCGUGCUCUGCCACCUGGUGACGAUGGCGCAGGGCAUCAGCGUGUACGUGUCCUCCCUGACGCUCAUGUCCAUAGCGAUCGACAGGUACUUCGUGAUCAUCUACCCCUUUAGGCCUAGGCUCCAGAUCACCACCUGCUACCUGAUCAUCGUCAGUAUCUGGCUCUUCUCCAUCACGGCGACGCUGCCCUACGCUCUCUACAUCGGCCAGGUGGAGUACGAGUAUAAGUUCUACUGCGAGGAGUACUGGCCCUCGGAAUUCAUCCGCCAGGUCUUCAGCGGCUGCACGGCCAUCAUGCAGUUCGCCGUGCCCUUCGUCAUCAUCCUGUACUGCUACGUCAAGAUCUCCGUCAGGAUGAACAAGCGCGUCAAGGCUAAACCCGGCUGCAAGAGCUCCAAGAAGGAGGAGGUCGAUCGGGAGCGGAAACGACGCACGAACCGCAUGCUCAUCGCCAUGGUGACCAUCUUCGGCACGUCUUGGCUCCCCAUGAACGUCGUGCACCUGGUGGGGGACUACAACGCCACGGCGCAGUCCUGGAGCUACUACAACCUCUGCUUCUUCAUCACUCACGUCAUCGCUAUGUCCUCCACCUGCUACAACCCCUUCCUCUACGCCUGGCUCAACGAUAACUUCCGCAAGGAGUUCCAGCUGGUCCUCCCCUGUUUCCACCAGACGGCGUCGUCCUCCGCCGCCGCCGCCCGCGUAGGGCAGUGGCGCUCCGAGAGGACUUGCAACGGGAACGAAACCCAACACGAACUGCUCCUUCAGUCCGGCGGAGGAGGAGGAGGAGGAGGAGGAGCUGGAGGAGGAGGAGGAGGAGGAGGAGGAGGAUCAGGGAGGUCUUUCCAGAGGCAGGCGUCCACUAACGACUCGCCCCCUCCGGAGGACGACCUCGCCGCCACGUCCGUCGAGGCUCACCAGAUGGCUACCUUCGUGGUCGAAGUCGCCGACCAGACGGAUAGGGGGGACUCCCCCUACAGCCAGGCUACGGAGCCCCUCGUCAAUGGACAGGCCUCUGAUUAUGUCUAA